CAGGGGUGCCCUUGGGUGCCCCGAUACCGCUGGGGAUUUAAGGCCAGCAGCCACCCCGGUGCGCCCUGGCUGAGUCAGGACCGCGAUGCUGAGCCUCCUCCUGCUGUUGGUGGCCGGCGGCAGCCGGGCAGCGGCGCUGCCGGAGUCCCGGGUGGUGAACGGGGAGGAUGCUGCACCCUACAGCUGGCCCUGGCAGAUCUCGCUGCAGUACGAGCGGGACGGCACCUUCCGCCACACCUGCGGGGGCACCCUCAUCACGGCCGACUGGGUGAUGACGGCGGCGCACUGCAUCUCCUCCACGCUCACCUACCAGGUGGUGCUGGGCGAGUACGACAUGGCUGUGGGGGAGGGCCCCGAGCAGCACAUCCCCGUGGCCCCCGCCGACAUCUUCGUGCACCCCAAGUGGCAGAGCUCCUGCGUGGCCUGCGGCAACGACAUCGCCCUGCUGAAGCUGCAGCGCCCGGCGGUGCUCAACUCCCAGGUGCAGACGGGGCAGCUGCCGGCCGCGGACACCGUCCUGCCCGACGGGUACCCCUGCUACCUGAGCGGCUGGGGGCGGCUGGCCACGGGGGGGGCGCUGCCGGAUCGGCUGCAGCAGGCGCUGAUGCCCGUGGUGUCCUAUGAGCGCUGCACCCAGCCCGACUGGUGGGGCGUCCUCGCCAUCCGCCGCACCAUGAUCUGCGCCGGCGGCGCCGAGAAGGCCGGCUGCAACGGCGACUCGGGGGGGCCCCUGAACUGCCAGGCGGCCGACGGGCACUGGGAGGUGCACGGCAUCGCCAGCUUCGUCUCGGCGCUGGGCUGCAAUGCGGACAAGAAGCCGACAGUCUUCACCCGCGUGUCCGCCUUCGAGGACUGGAUCGCCGAGAUCAUAAGCCAGAACUGAGCGCGGCGGCGGCACCCUCCUGGCACAGCAUCGGGCAAAUAAACCCACGGCUCUGGCA